UUUCCUAAACCCUAGCCCUGAUGAUUCUCUAAUGUUCGUCUUCUUUAUUUUUCAUACCAACAUUUCUUUUUAUUUUCGUAACAACACUUAAUGUGGUGUUGUUCUAGUUUACUCAGAUCGACGAAUCGAAACACCGGAUCAGAAAAUUGCGUUUAGAAAAAUAUUAAUCGAAUUGAAAAUUUCGUGUUUAAGUUCAUCGUUACCAUUACCGAUUCGAUUCAAAAUCCGGUGGUUAUUCGAUUUUAUUUCCUAAUCAGAAACGUGCCCGUGCCGCACGUGAGCUCAGUUGAUUUCCCUCCUUCGUGGCCCCUUUUACAGAUUUUUUUUUCGAAUUCCGCUCCAUUAUUCUCCCCGAUAAAAAUAGAAAAGGAGCGAGAAUCUAAAAUGAAAAUUUGGAGAGCAGCCAAGUAGUUCGAGAGAGAAACCGGAGAAAUGACCGGCGAUGACUCCUUUUCCAAAACCAUAUGCUCUAUCUGCUACGAAGAUCUGAAACCCAUCGUCGAAGAUCUCCAAUCCAUCUCCAUUUGCGGCCAUGUCUUCCACGAGCUUUGUUUGCAGCAGUGGUUUGAAUACUGUUCGAGUUCUACGAAGAAGUACAAUUGUCCUGUGUGCAAGCAGACUUGUGUUGGGUACAAUGCGACUCGUCUUUAUUUCCAAUCCGUUGGAGAUCAAACCCAAUCGCUAUGUUCCCAAAAGUUGAUCGAUCGCGAGAAAGAUGCCGAGUCAUUACGCAUCGAAGUGAAGAGGUUGCUGGUCAAAGUUUCUGGACUUAGUUCAGCUUUGGAACGUCAAGAGAAGGAGCACAAUCAGAUCAACGACGAGCUGUGUCUUUGCAAGGAGCAGAUGAAGCGGGAAACGGCCUUGAAAAAUGAGGCCUUAAGAGAAAAGGCGUCCAUUCAACAAAAGUUCAGUUCUAAAUCAGAGGAGCUUAGUAAAUCAAAUUUGGAAUGUUCAAGGCUGGAGCAGAGGAAUUUGGCACUAGCCAAGGAACUUGCUGUACUAAAAUUAGUGACAGAUUUGGACCUGGAGCAAGAUGAGAUGUUAAAGCUUGCCUCUCUAGGUAAUGAAGGGAGCAGCCAAGAUGUUGUAGAUAAUCUUAUUAGGUCAUUGUCCUGUCAUAAAAAGAGUUAUAAAGAAUUGAUGGCUAAGUGCAAUCUUCUUGGUAGAGGUGAAGCUCGUUUGCAGAAGAAACUUGAUAAAGCGAAAGCAAAGAUAGACAAAUUGAAAAAAAUAGUCCAGGAACUGGAUACACUGAUUGAAGUGAAAGAUAAUGAAGUCUUGAAGACUCGCAAAGCUUCUAAGACUUAUAGUGAAGGUUCAAAUGCCAAAAAUUCUUCAAAAGAACGGCUGAUGCAACGACCUGUUUCACCUUCAAAUAACUUGGAUGUGAGUGCAAUAUCUCCCAAACAUUUACCUAGUUUAACUAAAAAAGCCAUCCCUCUUGAUAGUCCUAAGGCUUCCAAUUAUGGUAGAGAAGGAUGUUCAAGUACUGUGGCUCCCAAUGAAGAGAGAAACAUGGCUGAGGAUGUAUACAUUCAUUCAAGUCCUGAUUUGAAAUGUCAAAAUCGUGAGAAUAUUACCCGAGAUUCUGCAACACCAAUGUCGAAGGCAGUGUCUGAUAUUGAUGUGCAAGAAGCAACAGUGUUUGAGUUUUCAGGGUCAAGAACUUGUUCAAAUAUUGAUGAUAGUACAACAGUUGCUGCUUUCCUAAAGCCCAUAUUCAACAUUAAAACUGCAACUCCUUCACACCAACUUUCUGAACAAGGGAAUAUUUGUUUCUCUGGGGGGUUGCUAGGUCCUGAUGGAACAAGACGACAUUUAGGAAAAUGGUGCAAGCGAGGCAAAGUGCACGCAAAAGGUUCAGCUAAAAAUAGUGGCAAUUUAAUUGCUGUUGGUGCUGAUGGAAGAGGUGGUAAAAUUAAGGUUAUGCGAUCAAUGAAUCAAUCUUCUUGGGGAGAUAAGGAGAACCCAGUUAGCGUAAAGAGAUUAAAAUGUGGGGGUAAACAAAAUAGUUUGCAGUCUCAAGGAUGUUUGCAAAUUGAGCACUUCUUUGGAAAGGCCCGCCACUGAUUGAAAGUUGAAGGCACAUCCCAUGGUAACUGGUAAGUCCUCUUAGACUCCUAUUCAUU